UUCCCGUUUGUCUAACACACGUGCCACACUUAAAAUGGCCGCUUCUGAUGGACGUUUAUAGUUGACUCUGAUAUUGCCUGAUGGUCCUGCGAAUAAUAACAAACAACGCUACUCCAUUCCACUGCCUUCAUGGAUGAACGUUUAUUGUUUAUUUACCCGACGUUUUAGACCAAAUCUGAAUGUGAUUUUAAACCUAUUAUACGAUCAGUUGGGCAAAUUCACUUCGAUUCCGAGUAGAAGAUUUCAAAAUCAAACUGUUGAAUAUCAAACGCUAGGUUGGGUCGCGAGGUAUUUUCCUCACACGCUUGGCUCUUUUUAACGUUUCCAGUGUUUAUUUUAGAGUUCGUUUUUCACUAAAACAGUUUUGGGUUGGCUGAAAAGGCAUUUUUAAACAUUUAUUAAAGGUGGCGCUGUUGAGUCAUGUCUGGAAUCGCUUUGAGUAGACUGUCACAGGAGCGCAAAGCCUGGAGGAAAGAUCAUCCUUUUGGUUUUGUGGCUGUACCAACCAAAAACCCAGAUGGCACCAUGAAUCUCAUGAACUGGGAAUGUGCAAUACCAGGAAAAAAGGGGACUCUUUGGGAGGGAGGCUUGUACAAACUGAGAAUGCUCUUUAAGGAUGAUUACCCAUCUUCACCACCCAAAUGCAAGUUUGAGCCCCCAAUCUUCCAUCCAAAUGUCUAUCCUUCAGGUACAGUGUGUCUGUCCAUACUGGAGGAAGAGAAGGAUUGGAGACCAGCCAUCACCAUCAAACAAAUUUUGUUGGGCAUCCAGGAGCUCCUUAAUGAGCCCAACAUUCAGGACCCAGCGCAGGCGGAGGCCUAUACGAUAUACUGUCAAAACAGGAUGGACUAUGAAAAGCGUGUGAGGGCACAAGCUAAGAGAUUCGCUCCGACAUAGAGCAGCAUGUGCACAAUCUAAAAAAUUCUGCACAGAUGCCAUUCUGAUGCUCCAGAAUCCUUCACCACUCAAAGAAAACCCCAAAACUGCAGUUGAGAGUUGAAAUAAAGAUUUAUUCAAGUUGGCUUCAGCACAGAACUGAAUGAGAAUGGGUGCAAAACAAUUCUAAAAUGAAAGCAACCAAGACAAGUUAAUGUUGGCUGCUGAUCAUUGACUGGUGUUUUAUAUAGUGAUGGUGAAAGCUGGUUUUGUUUAGUUUAUUUUUAUGAUUAUUAUUAUUUUCUUUUUUUUUUCUGGUGAGGAAACGGGUUGGAGACCAGUCGCUAAGAAACAACUUUUACACAGAGCAGAGAUGGUAAAGGUUUCUGUGUAUAUAUAGAAUGAAUAUUGAAAACUAUUACUUUUAUUUACUUUUUUUACUGUUUCAUUACAUUAAUUAAAAUAUGUGUGGCCAUAAUAUAUGUAAUGAGUGUAUGUUUAAUUUGAAAUAAAAAGAUAAAGUGGUUGCUACAAGCAUUGUGGUUUAU